AUGACCCUCCCACCCCCCACAAUCGACCUCCUCCUCACCCUAAUCGACACCCGCCCACACGCCAUCCUCUCCACCCUAACCCAGCACCCGCACCUCGCCUCCGCGCGCGACACCCACGGCUACUCGCUCGUACACGCCGCGGCCUCCUACAACGAACUAGACGUGCUGCGCACCCUCGUGCAGACCCACGCCGUCGACGUCGACCUAGUGGACGAGGACGGCGAGACGGCGCUGUUCGCGGCGGAGAAAGUAGAGGUGGCGCGGUGUCUGGUGGAGGAGUUGGGCGCGGAUAUUGGGUGGAGGAAUGGGGAGGGGAGGACGGCGGAGGAGAGGAUUGGAGAGGAGGAGGGGCCUGGGCAUGAGGUGGUGCGGUAUUUGAGGGCGAGGAGGUUGGGUGGUGGGGAGGCUGGUGCUGGUGCUGGUGCUGGUGGUGAGAUUGAGGCCGAGGCUGCUGAUGGUGAGGUUGCUGGACAUGCGCCUCCUCCGCCGCUGCCAGAGGGUGUGAGGAUCAACAUGGGGACCAUGGAGGAAGAUGCUGCGGAUGCGCCAGACCCGGAAAUCCGGCGGCGCAUUGAAGAGCUGGCUGCGCGGCCGGAUUACGAGUCGGACGAGGUGCAGAGGGAGUUGAGGGAGUUGGUGCAGGAUGUUGUUAGCGGUAUGGGUGGGCAAGAGCAAGGGCGCAGUGUGAAGAGGAGAGUGGAGUGA